AUGCACCAACCAAUCCUCCUCACCCUCCUCCUCGCCGCCUCCGCGCACGCAGCCACCAGAUACGUAACCACGACCUGCACCUCCACCUCCACCACCACCAUCACCCACAUCUCCGCCUCCAGCACCCAGAUCUUCACCUCGGCCAUCCCCAUCAUCGAAACCCCCCUCCUCGUCUCCUCCGCUCCAUCCGCAUCCACCACCAUCAUCGUCCCCGUCGCCUCCAGCGCCCCCUCCGCCAGCUCAUCGCUCGUCUACACCAGCGAAGUCGCCCCGUUCCCCACAGCGGCGGGAACCGGCGCCUCGGCCCCGGUGGGCACGGGCUCUGCCUCUGCCUCCGCGACCGGCACCGGCGCUCCCAUCACCCCGGCCAUUCCGUACAAGGGCGCCGCGGCGAGGAAUACGGGCACUCUGUUCGGCGGCGUCGUGGCUCUCGGCGCCGUCGCGUUGGCCCUGUGUUAG